CAAACGUGUAAAAUGUCAGUAACACGCGUUUUAGCGGCGAGUCCCCGGUGUUUGUCAUUUGUUAAAACGCUUUGUGCGUCUGUCGGCAUAGUUCACGUUAGGAAAGUGACGACGGUUACUGAAACGAUCCGCUCCAAGAUGUUCAUCGCUGAAGAACGUGGCUCUCCUUUCGCGCCCGACUACAGGGUCUAUUUUAAGGACGAGAGCGGUCCCGUCUCUCCGCUCCACGACAUCCCGCUGUGGGCGGACCGCGGCCGGCGCGAGGCGCACAUGGUGGUGGAGGUGCCGCGCUGGAGCAACGCCAAGAUGGAGAUCAGUCUCGGGGAACCUCUCAACCCAAUCAAGCAGGACGUGAAGAAAGGUGCGCUCAGGUUCGUGGCCAACGUGUUCCCCCACCACGGGUACAUCUGGAACUACGGAGCGCUGCCUCAGACCUGGGAGAACCCGCAGCACGUGGACCCCGCCACGCAAGCCCGCGGCGACAACGACCCCAUAGACGUCAUAGAGAUCGGCGAGAGGGUCGCGGCCAGAGGUGACGUCAUCACCGUCAAGAUACUCGGAACACUCGCUCUCAUCGACGAAGGAGAGACAGACUGGAAGUUGAUAGCCAUCGACGUGAAGGACCCCGCGGCCGCCAGGAUGAACGACGUGGCCGACGUGGAGACCGUGUUCCCGGGGCUACUGAGGGCCACCGUGGAGUGGUUCAGAUUGUACAAGGUGCCGGACGGGAAGCCCGUCAACCAGUUCGCCUUCGACGGAGAGGCCAAAGAUGCCGCCUUCGCGCACCGCGUCGUGGACGAGGUGCACGAGUUUUGGAAGGCGCUGGUGGCGGGGGAGGCCGCGGACGCCAGCGACAUCUGUAAGAUGAACGUGUCGGUCGCGAACAGCGCGGCGCGCGUGGAGCGCGGGGAGGCGGCGCGAGUGUUGGCCGGAGCUCCGCCGGCAGCUCUGCCUCAGGACAUACCAGCCAGCGUUGACAAGUGGCACUACUUGUCGAGUCUCUAACCAUCGUCCUCGUCCAGGGUCAACUCUUCGUCGGUCGCUUGUGGUGCAAUCAUAUAGGAUGUAUAGGAAGGAUUCUCUCUAAUAAUGACGCCUUGUUAUAUUGUUGGGAUAAAAAAAAAUAAGGGCAAUGUUAGAUUUUUCGUGUUUUCUUAUUAAGUUAUUUAAAAAAAAAUGCAUUAUUUAACUAAAAAUUACCUUGAAAUGCCCCCAUCUUCAACAUGAAAACAUUUUUUGUUAAAAUUUAUACAAAAAGAAAGAUAACAAACCAGAAAAAAGUAAUGUAUCAGGAAGUUUUUAUCAGAUAUAGUGAGUUGUUCAAAUGUGAGAGAUUAUAGAUUGAUAAGCCUAAGUUCAAGUGUGAUGAUUCAAAUAUUAUUAUACAUGUUGUUAUUAUUUAAUGUUUUUGUUCGCCUGCUUGUUGUUGACUCGCUCCUUUAAUUACUCGCUCCAAUAUUAAUAAAAUAGUUUGGUGAAACGACGUUGAAUGCAAAUAUCAGCGGGGGGCGGGAACUGUUUAAUGUUAGGUUUGCAUUUAAAGAAUUCAAUAAAACGAUAAUAUUCUGUGUCUGUGAGGAGCAGACUCAGAGCGCUGUGCUUUAUUAAUAAUGAUUCAAUAAAUCUUUGAAAUAUUUCAUUA